AUGGAGGUCGUCCAAGGAGAGCUACCGACAAUUCGGGUGGGGAACCUCGGCCUUGAGCCUCAUGACGUCUUCCCCGAUUCCCUAGGUACCGUACCGGUAAUACCGCAUCGAAAUCCCAAUUGCGCUUCCGAUCAAUCUGCACCUUUACUCUACGGCUGCUAG